CCAACGCUCCCAGCUUCGUCUUCCUUCUUCGGCUCUUACGUGCUCUCUUUCUCUCUCUUUAUCUCACCUGUGAGAUCUCUACCGUCUUCUUCUCUCUCUUAGAGCCGGAGAGCGGGUGGGGCCGAUCCGGCGCGUGCUUCGCCGGUAAUCGCUCUAGAUUCCAGGUGGAUCAGGGCGGGGAAUAAUUUAGGAGGGAGGGUAAAAUUUGCUUUAAAAAUAAGGAACAAAGGAUUUGGAUUUGGUUGCUUGCAAUGCAGGGGAAAGGGGGGAAUCGGGGUGUCAUUAGCUUCCGCACGGCACGGAUUGUGAGGGGAUCACUUCGCCGAAACCCAUCCGCGUUCUUCGCCUCCUCCUUCGGCUUAUCGUUGCCUUACGUUAUAAUCAAUUCUUGUGCCUAUGCCGGCCUUUAAAUACGAGACUAACUUUGUCUAUUUUAUGCUCUCUGGAUCCGGAGCCCUGGCUGGCUUUGUGUUGUGUUGUGGUUCUCACUGGCGUAGUGGAUUGAUUUUGACUGGAAGGCCGACUAUUGAGGAUUGGUCCGAGAGGCAGCUCGAUUUCCGAAAGGCUGAGUCUAUGCCAGAGAAAUCUGGACGAGAAGAAAUGUCGUUAAUGCCUGGAGGCAAGUCAUUUUCAUCAUCACCUUUGGAAAAGCUUCAUCCGAUGGGAGGAAAUUAUAUGAACUUUUUAGAACCUCCACGAACUUUUCUUUCCAAAGGACAGAAAGCUAGGACAUCUGCUGGGAAUAAUCUGUUGGGUGCAGAAAGCCCUUCUAACCUGUCAGUGACUUGUUUGGGAGCUUCUAACCCGGAGAUCUUUUCUCAAGAAAAUCCAUUCAUGCAACCGGCUCCUAAUGGUUUUCAUUAUGAGAACAGCCUCUUUUCGAGCUCUUUGUCAGAAACAUUUGGCAAAUCGGUGUUGUUGUCAAGUGAAGCACAUUUUGGCAAAUCAGUUGAUGCAAAUGACUCUAAAUUUGUGGAAGAUGGGCCUUUGGAGUCCUUGAAAGAAAUCGAAGCCCAGACAAUUGGAGAUCUCCUCCCUAAUGAUGAUGAUUUAUUGUCAGGAGUGAUUGAUGAUAUUGAAUGUGUUGCGCAAGCGAAUAGUGGUGAUGAAGAUGAUUUAUUCUGCAGCGGGGGAGGGAUGGAGCUAGAAUCAGAUGAAAGUUUUAACUGCAGUAGAACAUCGGAUUUUAUCCGUGGAGUGAAUGGCACUUACGCUGGUGAAGUGUAUGGAAAACAAACCUCCCGGAUCCUUCUUGUGAGAAAUAUCAAAAGCAAUGUUGAAGAUGCUGAGCUGAGGAUUCUCUUUGAGCAAUUUGGAGACAUUCGUAGACUUCAUACCGUCAGCAAAAAUCAGGGGUUUGUAUUGGUGUCCUACUAUGACAUAAGAUCAGCACGGAAUGCUAUGAGAGCUAUUCAGGACAGAUUGCUGAGGCAACAUAAGAUUGACUUAAACUAUUAUUUUCCAAAGCAGGAGAACUCUUCGGAGCAUCACAUUGAUAAUGAUACACUUAUUGUAUUCAAUCUUGAUUCCACUGUUUCAAGUGAUGAUAUACGCCAAAUAUUUGGUUCUUAUGGCGAAAUAAAAGAGAUUUUUCAUGAUUCAUGCAAUCAAAACCAAAGAGCGAUAGAGUUCUAUGAUGUUAGAGCUGCUGAAGCUGCAUUUUAUGCUUUAAACAUGAGUGAGAUUGCUGGCAAGAGAAUUAAGAUUGAGCCUGUCUGUGCUGGAGCUGGAUGGCGGUGCUUAGGCAGACAGUCAUCAUUAGAACUCGAACUGGAAGGUUCUACGAUAUGCAUGAAUGGAAGUUCCCCUAGUAACUCAAUGCUGGAAAUUGGUGCUCAAUCUAGAACUAUAGGAUAUGGAGCUAAUAUUUCAGUGGGACUUGAUAGUGGAUCUAUUCAGAGCUCUGCACUCCAGACACUUAUCAGUCCAUUCAUGGAGAGCAAAUUCCCAGGAAUAUCUUCUACUGUGCCUCGUAGUAUGUCAUCACCCAUUAGGGUCACAAUGGUGGGAAAUCACAGCAGCCAAUCUAACCUUGAUGACCUUAGCCAUUCUUUAGGUCAAAUGAACUUUGGUUUUCAAAACAUACCAACCUUCCAUCCUCAUUCAUUACCUGAAUUCCAUAAUGGACCGAUUAGUAGCAUCCCUUAUAAUACCAUAAGAGCCGUUCCAUCAAUGGGUACAAAUAUUAAUUCCAGGAUUGCUGAUGGAAUUGAUACUCAGCAAAAUAGACAGGGGCCAGGUCACAUCAACAGCCAUUCCUUUGAUCAUAAAGAAGGUAAGGCAAUUUCCCCUAUAAACGGACAUCAAUACAUUCAAAACAAUUCAAAUAUAAAUUUCCACCAUUCUCCUGGUUCUCUGAUGUGGCAAAAUUCACCAUCAUUUGUGAACAACUUUCCUGCUGCUCCUCAACCGUUGCAUGGUCUUCCAAGAGGACCAUCUCAUAUAAUGAACAACUUCGUUCCUCUACACCACCAUCAUGUUGGUUCUGCACCUGCUCUGAAUCCCUCACUCUGGGGAAGGCGCACUACAUAUGCAGGGGAUUGCAUAGAAGCACCUUCUAUCCACCACCCCGGCUCGCUCGGAAACAUGGGAUUCUCUGGAUCCUCUCAGAUGCAUCCAUUUGGAAUAUCUUCUCAUAACAUUUUUACUCAUGAUUGUCGAAACUGCAUUGACCCAUCAGCUUCUCCACAUGUCGGGAGCCCGUCGCCUCAGCAGAGGUCUCACAUACUUCAUGGAAGGAAUAGCUUAAAUUCCGCUGCCACCGCUUAUGAUUCUCCCGGCGAGAGGAUCAGGAGCCGACGAUGUGAUUCAACUGCUAGUCAACUUGAUAACAAGAAGCAAUUUGAUCUGGAUAUCAGUCGAAUUGUCCGCGGGGAAGAUUCUAGAACUACCCUCAUGAUAAAGAACAUUCCUAACAAGUACACAUCUAAGAUGCUUUUGGCUACAAUCGAUGAGCACCACAAAGGAACUUACGAUUUCAUCUAUUUGCCUAUUGAUUUCAAGAAUAAAUGCAAUGUGGGCUAUGCUUUUAUCAACUUGAAUGAUCCUAAGCAUAUUAUUCCAUUCCACCAGGCAUUUAACGGUAAGAAAUGGGAGAAAUUCAAUAGUGAAAAAGUGGCUUCACUUGCAUACGCAAGAAUUCAAGGCAAAGCUGCCCUGAUUGCUCAUUUCCAGAAUUCUAGUCUGAUGAACGAAGACAAGCGGUGCCGCCCCAUCCUUUUCCACUCAGAUGGUCCAAAUGCUGGGGAUCAGGAACCCUUUCCCAUGGGAACUCAUAUCCGAUCAAGACCUGGAAGAUCCAGGACUACAAACAAUGAAGAGGCGCAACCUCGAAGUCCGCCGGACUCUGGAAAUGGAGAUGAUCUGUCCAACAACAGCACAGAUUCUUCUUCAAGCUCUGCCAAAGACUGAGUGAUCCAACAAGCCAUUUUUCCUGGGGGCACUAACCUUACAACCUACAAAGCUUUAAACUUUCUUUCUCACUUCCGCUUUCUCCACAGCUUUAAAAACCAACAAAAAGCAAAAAGCACAAGGAGUUGAGAUUUUGGUGGCUGAGGUGAAUAAAAAGAAACUGUACAGCAAGAUUUUGAGAGACAAAAGGGAGAGCCAUUAUUGUCGAUAUUCCCUCCCCUGCACAUUCUUCUAUUUUUGUUAUUUCCUAUAUUUCUAAUCCCCUUUUUAUUAUUAUUUCUAAGUUUUGUCGCUCUAUUUUAUAUGGAGCUAUGGCUUUUUUUGUUUUGUUCUUUUUUGGAGCUGGGCAGAGUCGAGAGAACUCAGUUCAGUUUGUGAAGUUAUCGUCUUGUUUGUAACAUCUAUUAUAUAGCCCGAACUGUAGCAGCGAUAUCUUUUUGCUAUGCUAUUUGACAUCUUAGUCAGGCUGAUCUGUAUCCUUCUUUACAGAUUUCAUUAUCUUAAGAAAGUUCAGUUCU